UUCGCCUCCCUGUCUGGUCUAGUGUCUCAAAGCCGAGAACGGAGCACUGUUGAGGGGUUCUAGCUGGCUGUCAACCGAGCUCCUACGGCAGUCAUGGCGGCGCCGAUAGCCCACUUCGAUGAGGACUGGCAGGAUUUCAAUGAAUUCAAACCGGCCUCUGCGUCCGCCGAGCAGCUGGACCAGCUCAACUCUAACGUGGGCGACCCGUCGGGCCUAGACGAUUUCUCCGACCUGGACAACAGUUUCUCCGGGGAGAUCUGCAGCUUCAAAUCGAUGGAGGACCUUGUCCAAGACUUCGACGAGAAACUGACAGUGUGUUUCCGAAACUACAACACCGCGACGGAGAACAUAGCGCCCAUUAAACCCAUCACAGAGGAUAACUACCUGAAGGACGACGAAGUGUGGAACGCUCUGACAGAUAAUUAUGGCAACGUGAUGGCGGUGGACUGGAAGACUUCGCACACUCGCUCACUACACCUGCCCACCCUCAACAUCACUGAGCACGAGAAGUUGGACAACCAGUCUCUGGAUCUGUCUGACGACGAGGAGCUCAGGGAGCAGAUGGACAUGCACUCCAUCAUCGUCUCCUGCAUCAGCGACGAGCCGCUCUACACGGCCGAACAGGUGAUAGAGGAGAUCGAGGAGAUGAUGCAGGAGUCUCCAGACCCGGAGGAUGACGAGAGCCCGUCACAGUCCGACCUCUCCAUGCUCUCUCAGGACUUCCACGUCCUGAAACGCUCCGGCUCUAACACCAGCUACGAGGACCGGCUGCAUCAGCUGUCUGUGUCGGAGCUGACCGAGACUCUGGAGGAAGUGGAGACGGCCAUCCGCCGCUACAGUGAAGAGCUGAUCCAGGCUCUGGCCCUGCGGGACGAACUGGAAUAUGAAAAGGAGGUGAAGAACAGCUUCAUCUCGCUGUUGAUCGACGUGCAGAACCGGCAGAAGGAGCAUCGCGAUCUGCUGCGGAAGAAGAAGAAAAUCCGAAGCACGACUACAACCGGGCCCAACGGCCAGAGGACCGCCAGCACGCACAUACCGGGCACGCUCCUCACUCUGGAGGGACUCUCCAAUGUCAUUCAAAAUGGCAUCCGUCAAACUUUUGGCCCCACAGGAGGGGACAAACAGUAUUUAACCACAGUAAUCCCCUAUGAGAAGAAAGCCGGCUCCCCUGCGGUAGAUGAUCUCCAGAUCCUCACAAAGAUUCUCCACGCCAUGAGGGAUGACAGCGACAAGGUCCCUGCUCUGCUAACAGACUACAUCCUCAAAGUGCUUUGUCCCACGUAAAGCCAGCCUCCUGUUCCCAGAACCAUCCGUAGGACCAUCAGAAGAGGGUUCUGCUAAUCUCGAAGACAAUGGAUUCAAAUCUGUCUUUCCUCCAUUUUAUUCCCAACACAUAGAAUUUCUUUCCUUGUGGCAUUUUUUUUUACUCUGCCACUUUUGUUUUUCCUAAGGUUUUGACUCUAGAUAUAAAUCCUCGGUCUGUAUAGUUCUUAUCAUAUUAGAAUUUUUAUUGCCCGAGUGCUAGGACCCUGUAUAUCCGGACUGCAUGCGGACUUAUCUAUGGCUGCCAGUAAUCAGUAUUAGUCACUUCCUUAUAGGCCUGUGGCACCUGAAUGGAGCUGGGUCAGGUGUAUUGUAAUUCCUGGGCUUUGUCUUUAAGGGAAAUGGAGUCCAAUCCUUCUGUUUUAUAAAUCUAAUGCAUUUAGAUCCGCCUAUGCAUUGGGGGGGAAUACAAAUUCUGGCAAAAUGGCUGAUUGACUUGCAUAUGGCGGGGUAAAAAGCUAUUUUAAAAUCCAAACUCGUGAUUUAACUGGUCAUGUUGGUUUUCUGUUAAAGCUCAAUUUUGGCUGUUAGUUGAAUGUUAAAAAUGAAAUAUUUUGUAUACGGUUAAGAGAAAUUGCAGUUUUUGGGAACUUUUAUUUUUUGAAAAAGGGAAAAAAAGAAGGUAAAAAUGACUUGAGAAAGUAAAAGCUGGAUGAACAAACACGUAAAACAUAUUUUUGGAGAUGGAAUGGUUUUUAAAAGUGAGAUUAGGGACUUUCCAGUAGCCACCUUUUGUGACCACACAGCAACACCGUUUUGUAAAUGCUGUCCAUUGACCUCUGAGCCCUCGAGUAGCGACCUCCCCAACAGCUUUAUCACUUCCCCAGAAAGUCGUCAUAACAAUGCGUCUAAAAAAAUACCUCAUAACAUUUUCGGAUAAGUACUAAACGUAUCAUUUAGGUAAAUAGUGAUGUAAACAUUAGGUUUGAUAAUUGUGUAGUUAAGCUUCUGUUAUAAGUGGGGUUUUUUAACGGUCUUAACCUUUAAACUGUUCUGGUAGCACUUUAGUCCAUAAGUGAUCUGGUCAUGUAGUAGUGGAAUAUGUGGUGUAUUUAAGAAUAGUACGUCUUGCUAGAUUAGCGUUAGCUUGCUGUGCCAAAACACGUUAACAUGAGGGGUUGUUUCUGUGCAUCCAUCUGUUUACCCUGUAAAUCGUCAUGAGGAAUUCAAAGAGCCUUAAAGGGGUACUCCAUUGAUUUUACACCUUACACAUUUCAAACAGAGCACUACUCGGCCUAUAAAAACAGUUAAAACGUUGGUCGUCUCGCUCAGGAGUAGCUUUUCGCAACUAAGGAUAUGGCCCUAAUGAUGUCAGUGAUGUCAUCAGGGUCAGUUUGAUUUGGGCUUGACACUAUGACACACAUCUUUGUGCAACUCAGUGCACAGAGUUUGACAGAUGUGUGCGUUUUAACUAAAAAGACUCAAAGUUGCAUUAUGGGAAAUGUAGGAUCCAGUGUGGGUUUUUUUUUAGCUCGCGUCAUAGUUGGCACUAGAAGUCUGAACUUUUCAUCGAUUAAGGUCUUCUUUUUGUGUCUAUUGCAAGUCUACCAUCAUUGUGCAAUACUUAAUCACUGGAGCGCCCCUUUAUAAAACUCGUACCACCAACUAGCACAGCGUAUGUGUCGGUACGCUAACGUUCAGAUCACCAGCUACUACCGGUGCACCACCCAGCGUCAACAUCAGGUCCAGUCUAGCUCUCAGGUACGAUCGUCAGAGUUACUAGUUUAAAAUCUUCCGCCGAAAGGUACUAACAUUCCUGAGUCUUUGUACAGUUUUGGCAACCGGGUAAAUUAGCUAGACUUUGCAGCACUUUUAUCUUUUAGCAAAUGAUACUUGGAUGAACCAGUGGAGUUAAGCCUCUUGACUAAACCAGGGUAGCAUUACAGAUGUUGAUUAUGUCUUGAUUUAUCACUGAAAAGAAGGCUUAUAGUCCUAGAUUAAUCCUAGUUGUGAUCGUAGUAGUAGGUGUAGCUAGCAUUUAAACGGCACAGUAGCAUCCACUUGGUGUAGCAUAUUAGCGACGAUAGCAUAGAUGCAUCCAACCUUCGUAGGAGAAGGUGUUGUGAAAAACGGAAUUCACUUUUAAAGGUUGAAAUAUUUCUAAGCAUGUUCCUCAUGCAUGCUGCCAGGUGAAAAUGGCGUAGGGAGAUGACGAAGGGGUGUGAUAAAGUUAACGAUUGGGAAGAUUGCACAACCGGUUGCUUAAAUUCGAGGGGUCCAUUUUUAUCUUUUGUAAAAGAAAACAAAAGCUUGCAGUGCUAUAUUUAACUAUUUAUAUGUGACUGUUGUUUCUGCUGUUCCCAGCUUUGCAAACCUUUUUACCCUAGCAUGUGCUACAAGCACUUUACCACUGCACACAUUUCUAAGAAUGGUUCAUUUGUUUACACAGGUAUAGGCUACAGAUCACACUAAAGGGACAGGUGCAUGUCACAAUUGAACGUGUAAAGCAUUAAUUCAAAAAAUAUUUAGAAUUAAUCAAAAAGAGCAAAGUGAAACAUCAGAGGCUCAUGAUCCUUGUCUUUUAAAAAACCUUUAAUUUUAUAACGAAACGGAAAGUCACCGGAGGCCCUGGAUCCCAUCUCAGGCCAGAAAUCUGUUGUUAGCGGACAUAUCAACUACAAUUUAGAGAUUUAUAUUUAUACAUGUACAACAGAACAAGCAAUUGGAAGAGAAAAAAAAAGGCUGCCUUUGUAAAUGCCUGAACAUUUUUGUACAUUAAAUCAACUCCUUUUAGUUUUUAAUGCAAUAUAAUUCCCGAUUGGGGGUUUUAUGUUUACUGUCUCAUGUGGUACUGCAGUAUAUUAAUUUAUUAUGUGAAUGUUCAGUUUUGUAACCAUAUUAUUGACUGUAAUGGUACAAGUGUUUUGUGCCCACAUUGCAUUGAAACUCAUUUUAAAAAUAAAUUAAUGUGAACACUG